ACAACACUUCCACUUCGCCUUUCACUGACCUAGAUUCUUUCUCUGCCAGCGCUGUGCAUUUUUGGGAGCUGGUCUCCACCGUCCUGCACUCGCCGUCCUUUCUCACUUACUGCGAUCGUACGCUUACAAGUCUUCAUGGCCGACACUCCGUCUGCCCUCCAUCUCGCGGAGCAGCUUGCCGCGGGCUUCGCGGCCUUGAGCGGGGAAUACCAAAUCCUCUUUGAGCAACAACGGCAGCUAGAGAGCAAGCUGUCGUGGGCUAAGCAGCAGUAUCUUGAUUUGCUCAAACGAUUCACGCCAGAUACCCUUUCCCAAGAUCACCUCGUCUUCCUGCAGGACCUUGACCGCAUAGCCUCCGAACCGCCUAGCUCGCAGUACGAUUGGAUUGAAAAGCUCUCAGAAAGCAAUGAUAAACAACGGCGGAAUCGGGCAUGUGUCAUCAAACAAGCCGUAUCAGCCUCAGCCAACCUGCGGGAUCCCGUCGGCGCCAUCGGUGUUAAGACUGACACCGGCGUGAUGAUAUGGAGCCGGCCAUCUGCGGACAAGGAACGGUCUGCGCUGCGGAUACAGUCCGAUGUAGAUAUGUCGCACAUGGAGAAGGACUUUACAACCGCUGGAACCCCUAGCAAGCUAGGCUGUCCCUUCGCGAACGGCAGUGCAAGACAAAGUCCGCUCGCCACGCCACUCAGUUCCCCAUCUCGGAUGAGCUUGAAGGGGCGCAGAUCCAAAAGACCGUCGUUUAAUGAUCCCAUACGUGCCGAAAUAUGUGGUAAUGACCCGGUUUCCGCGUCAGCCUCCAUCGAAGGCUCCGCCGCCGUAUGCCCCAUCCGCUUCCUUGAUCAGCACGCUCCGGAAGAGGUCGCCAAGUAUUUUGAAAAGCACAAGCACGAGCUUCCUAGAAGCCACGAGGUCUGCAUCAGCCGUUUCCAGAGUAACGCUGAUAGCAUACGUCAGCUAGACCGCAAAUACGGCAAUCUCGUCAGCAUGAUUCAAGGCCUGGGCGAGAAGCACCAAGCAUGGCUACCGGAGGAGCCGGAAGAGGGAGCUGACGUCGCUGAAGAGGAGGCAAAGACCGAUGCAAAAGUGGAAAAUUGGGCAAAGGAUGUAACAGUUAGCCUCCAAGAUUGCACUCCAGGCGAGGAAGAAUCAUCAGAGCAAGCAGUCGACGAGGCGAGGACGGCCCACUUCGAUAGACCGCUCAAAGAGAUCAGAGUUGGCGAGUCUCCUAGUCGGCCAUGGGGCAUCUCCAUACCGCCCAAGUAUACGAAUGCGGACAGCUCUUCUUCCGUGGGUUCGGCCCCAACGGCGUCACCUCCGUUGCCCCUCGAGACGGACCGUCCGAUUGGCGAGACACCACGGAAGACGGGACAAUGCCCGUUCGACCAUUUGGUUAAGGCGGAUGGGACCAAAGUCAGAGAGCGUCACGAUGCUCCUGAACAGGGUCCAGCGCAGGAACCCGAGCGGGAACCAGAAGCACCGCCGCUUGAGCCCCAUGAACCCCAGGUGGAGCCGAAAUUGGUCGGGGAGAAGAGGCCGGAGCAUGAGACUUCAAAGGUCAUCCCACAAAUGGUCUUCAACGGGCCAGUUUUCCUUGGAUAUCCCCCGGAACAGUUGAUCAGCCUGUUACAGAACAGUAAUCUUGGGGCCACUAUGCGAUAAAGGCUCGCGGGGUAUUUCAGGCCAGAUGUUACGUUCAGGUAAA